AUGGCUAUUGGAAGUUCAUCAAAAAUGCCUCCCAGAGUUAGAGGAAGAGGAAAAAGACCCAUGCGAGGGGGACCAUCGGCAGCUGGACCAUCUCACCGACGCACUCCGCCUGUGUCCCUUUCCAGCUCUGACUCUCAUGAUCUGUGGGGUCACUCCUUUGAGCCGGCGAGACAUUCUGUCUCGUUAAGCUCUUCACCUUCUUUCCAUCCAUCUUUUGGGCCGCUUAUCUCAGACGAGCCCCAACACUCGCACCACUCUUAUCAAUCCGAUCACUCUCACGAGUCUCACCAAUUGUACCACUCGUUGCAUUCCCAUUCGUUUCACCAUUCGGAUUCUAUCUACUCGCCGGCGCAGUUCAAUCCGAAUGACUAUGUUAACGACUUCCUUGGCUACAACCCUUUGGGCCCUGAGGACCAUUUUUCUCAGGAAAUGGAGAUGGACGACGACCCAGAUCCGGAGAUGCAGACCGGAACAUCGGGCCACCCAAUAAGCAUAUCAAGUGGAUCUCCAUUUCAGGGAUCACCAUACCGUGGGCCCGAUUCGUUUCAAGAUAAAAUGGCCACUUAUGAUUGGUACUUUACUCCAUCAUACCAUAGCUCUCUAGCUCAACCUCCUUUGAUUGAGCCCCAACUUCAAGCAGUUUCACCUCCACCACUUCCUGUUGAGGAGCCGCCUAAGCAGCCACCGCGGCCACCUUCCGAGCCUCCGAGGCGAAGGAGGAAAGCACGUAUAUCCGUGCGAGGAGGACCUCGUUUUAGUUCUCCUCAGGGUUCGAGUUCUUACCCUCCUAUCCCAGAGGACCCCCAAAUGGGUGGGCCAUCGAACGCGGCACCGGAGAUCGAUCCUCCGCCAGCUUCUUAUGCUCCACCUCAGCCGCCUAUGGGUUUCGACAACCCUAUCCCGACUUACCCAGGUUCCUCUUGGUACAACCCUUUUGAAAAUCCAUCGGGAUAUCCAUCGGAUUAUGGGACUCAUGACCCGUAUCUUACAGCUGCGGAAUAUCAUCAUCCUUACCCUUCUUCUUACCCUCCAGUUUAUCCAACUGGAUACCCAGUUCAGGGUUAUCAAUACCCACCUUACCAGCAACCUCCUCCUCCCCAGCAGCAGCAGCAAACUCAGGAGAUCCUGGAAAGGUUAGACAAGGUUGAACAUGAGACUAGAAAAACCAAGAAGGAGCAUAGUAGCUUCAUGAAAGGCCUUGCAAACCUUAUUAAAGUAUUCAGAAAUGCUGGCUCGGAUGAAGCAAACAGUCAUCCUGCAGAAGGCAACACCAGGAUUAAUAUCACUGGUGCCGAACUACAAGCAAUGAUCACCGCAGCAGUUACUCAAGUGGUAGAUGCUAAGUUUAAAGAGCCGAGUGUUGUUCGGUCUCAAACUCAUUCGAGAACCCAUUCUCAACCUCAUACUCACAAGAAGAGUGAGUCUCAGCACUCAUCUAACCAAGGUAGUGAACCCAAGAGGCAGAUAGUCCUCGAGCCGACUCCUAGGUUCACCAAGGGUUGUACCUACAAGUAUUUUGUCUCCUGUAAGCCGAGGGAUUUUACAGGAGAAAAGGGAGUGAUUGAUUGUAUGAAAUAG